AAUCUUGUCCAUUUGUUUUCUUGUGUUGCUGCAUGCUACACGAGUUGCACGAAUUAUUGUUAGAAUAUUCUCAUCCUACCGAGACAAAAAACUUUUGAGUCCAAAUAGUCAAAGGCAAAACUGAAUAGUCGUAAGCAUCAAACAAACUCAACAAAUACAAAGUUGAUGAUGAAAUCUUCAAUCAUAUUUCUCUCCAUUCUUAUCUUCUCGACAACCUCAAACGCAUCAAACCAAAACGAGAGUCUCUCUGUCUACGAAAUCCUUCAGCAAUACGAUUUCCCAGUUGGUAUUCUUCCCCAAGGUGCCACAAGCUACGAGCUAAACAAAAACACAGGCAAGUUCACGGUGUAUUUUGAAGGAACAUGCAUCUUCGGUAUAAAAUCUUACGAUCUCAAGUACAAAUCCACUAUCAAGGGAUUUAUCUCCAAAGGUAAACUCAGUAAAUUGAAAGGUAUUAGUGUUAAAGUUGAACUCAUAUGGCUCAAAAUUCUGGAGGUGACUCGUCAUGGUGAUGAUCUUGAGUUUUCUGUUGGUAUUGCUUCUGCUGAAUUUAGUGUUGAUAACUUCUUAGAGAUUCCUCAGUGUGGGUGUGGAUUUGAUUGCAACGGUUUGAAAAGUGAUGCAUUAGCAGCUUUCGCGAGAAAAAUCAUAUCUUGAGCUAGGAGUAUCAGAUUGAGACGUGCUACCAGUCGAUGGAAAGCUAAGAAAACGAUCUACAACUUUUGUUCAGAAGUCGAGAGCUGAAUCAGACUGUAGCAGAGCCACAAAUUUCGUUGAAGCUGCUGCAUUAUUUUUUUAUUUUGUUUGGGUUAGUUGUAUUGGGUCUGGAUCGUACAUUUGACCCGAUUGAGUUGUGAAACGGGUUUGAGUGUUUUUACCUAGGUUAGGCAGCCAAAAACAGGGUUACAUUUUUCUGUUCAUGGACGAUUUUUUGAGAGCUAGCAAGAGGUCUAUGGAGAACUAAUCCCUUUUGAAUCAACCUGCUAUAAUUCAGAAUCCGCUUUGAGGUUUUUAUUAAUUCCAAUUUGUUUCCUUUGAA